UCAAUGUUUACAUCCAGCAUUGUGCUGGCCCUGAAUGUUUCUGAACAAAAGCUUGGGAAGAGAUAGAAAACGCAGAGGGAAAUAUUGUCAUUAUCCAAAGAAACGACCUCAAAUCAACACGUGCUCGAUUUCCAAUUUGAUAUUACGUAGGUAGCUGUUGCUAACAGAUCAAAGACAGAAGGCCCUCCUAGUCCAGCCCUCUCACUCCGGCCAAGAUGGGUGGAGCUGUGAGCGCCGGGGAGGACAACGACGAGCUCAUCGACAAUUUGAAGGAGGCACACUACAUCCGCUCUGAGAUGGUGGAGCAGGCCUUCCGGGCCAUCGACCGCGCGGACUACUACCUGGAAGAGUUCCGUGAUAACGCCUACAAGGACCUGGCCUGGAGGCACGGCAACAUCCACCUGUCGGCCCCCUGCAUCUACUCGGAGGUGAUGGAGGCCCUGGACCUGCAGCCGGGCCUCUCUUUCCUUAAUCUGGGCAGUGGCACUGGCUACCUGAGCACCAUGGUGGGCCUCAUUCUGGGUCCAUUUGGUGUGAACCAUGGGGUGGAGCUGCAUGCAGAUGUGAUAGAGUAUGCCUACCAGAGACUGGAUUUCUUCAUCAAAACAAGUGACAGCUUUGACAAGUUUGAGUUCUGCGAGCCGUCCUUCGUGGUGGGGAACUGUCUGGAGAUCACUCCGGAGAGCAGGCAGUACGACAGGGUUUACUGUGGGGCAGGGGUCCAGAGGGAGCACGAGGACUACAUGAAGAACCUACUGAAGGUGGGGGGCAUCCUUGUCCUGCCCCUGGAGGAGAAGCUGACCAAGAUAACCCGCACGGGGUACAACACCUGGGAAACCAAGAAGAUCAUUGCCGUGUCCUUUGCUCCGCUGGUGCUGCCAAAGAACAGAGAUAAUGGAAAAUCCAAAGUAGUUCCACUGCCAGCAAUGUUCGAAGUGCGAACCCUGCAGGACUUGGCGCGUAUCGCCAUCCGCCACACCCUGAAGAAGACAGUGGGGCAGGAGCGGGGGCGGGGCGGAGGAGGGGGCAGGGGCGGGAUCGGAGGCCCGUCCAAGAACGGCCCACGGUUCAAGCGGCGGCGCGUGCACCGGCGGCGCAUGGACUCGGUGCUGCUGGCCAACAAGCACAUGUUCCUGAACCGCAUGCUCCCCGGCCCCAUGGACGACAACAACAACUGCGAUGGCGCCGAGGAGGAGCGGGCGGACGAGGGCGGGCUGGGUGGCGCGGCCGAAGAUGAAGAGGAGGAGGAGGAGGAGGAGGAGAGGGAGAGCGGAGAACUCAGGUCCGAGCCGGCCGUCAACAUAUUGCGAGAGAGGAUCCUCAGCUUGCCCCUUCCCGAGCCUCUCAAAAUGUACCUGCUCUACUACCGUGAGAAAUAGGGGCUUCCCGCCACCACCCAUCCAGACUAGAGUUUAUUCCAGCGGCAGAGAUGAAUAAGUCCACAGUUUGCCGACUAAGACCCCCGGCAGGUGCGGCGACCUAUGUAAGCAAAUAAGCCCCCCCCCUUUUUUCCAAAUGAGUCCCUCUGAGUCUCAUUUCGUCCUUGCCAUCUCAAGAUGCAAAAAGAACGUUAGUUUUGACAGUGGGGUGACUUGCAGUGGUUAGAUUGGAAUUACUGUCAUUUGCUUUACUAUCCUUUCAGCAAAGUCCUCUUUUUGUGCAAUGUAAAGUUUGGUUUGCCCAGGUGAUGUCAGUUUAAUUUAUGACACUGUUGAACUUGAUGGGGGGGAGCUGCAUGGUCUUGACUUAUAUCUGAUGGAAAUGGUCGGAGGAGCCUUUAAAGGGUGGAGUCCAGAUCAGGAACCCCUCUGCACCCACCACCUCCCACCUUCCUUAUCUCUGCAUGGGACUUGCUUUGUGUAGCACAUUCUAAACUCUAAUUGAAAACACAUUGGUGAGAUUUCCAUAAUGUUUAAAUCCCCCAAAAGUAUGCUGUACACAUCUUUUUUAUGUAUAAAGAUUCCUGGAAUUGCAGUUCUGUAUGUAAAAUGCAGUGGAGGAAAGAAAGCUGGCUAUUCAUUAACUGCCUCCAUUUUGGGGUAGCUGUCUCUGUGAAGGAGGCCAGUGUUAGCAUACUCUUAUUACAAUUCUCUCUGAGUGUUGAAUAGGGAUAGAUUGACCUUAAAGACUACACAUCCCAUAAUCCCGUUGGAUAGAAAAAAAGAUCAUCUGUCCUUAUUGAGAUCAGUUGAGAGCUGAGAGUAGUUCUGGUUGACAGUGUCUGGUGAACAGUGUGGUCUUGUGAAAGGGAGCAAGUUAAACGGUAUAUUUCUGUAAAUAUGGUGAGAGAGAAAGAGUUUACUGUAUGUGAAGAGAUUGCCAAAAUAAUGUUGAAUGUUGUUCUUUGGCACCUUGAGCAGGGCCACUUUUGGUUGUUCAAUGUGUGUUGUUGUGUGGGUGAGGAAAGACUGGAGUAUGUUAAGGUUACUCAUUUCUGAGAGUGAAUAACUUCCGGAAUGGCCAAUGGUCUUGAAGGCUGAGAAAAAAUUGACUGAAGGCCAUGUCUUUUUUUCGUUCUCUUUUGUUUUUGCCUGCGUGUAAUGAAAUUAGACAGUGUUCCUCACAACCAAAGGUGUUAAAGUUGAAACUUUCCUGAAAUAAAAAAUACAUAAAAGCUAGCUAAAACUACAGGACUUGAUUGAUUUUUAAAAAUAUAUAUAUUAGAACUUAUAAUAAACCAAGUGUAGCAAGGAAUCAAAAAAUGCUCACAAAUAAAUAUAGAUCUAAGUAACACCGGCCUGCGUCUUCCCUGGUAUCUUGUGCCUCCCAGAUCUGCACUUUGGAGUUUAAAUAAUGUUACCAUUCUGCUGAGGCAGUGGCAGUGUAUGCCUGGCACAUUCCAUUCAGUCAGUCAGUUAUCAAUUUAAAAGUCAAAUAAUCGAAGCUUACCAGUGCCACACAAAAACGGCUAAGUUAAUCAUUAAACAAUUUCCCAAUGUCCUAAAAAACUAUUUAAAUAAGAUGCACAUUCAUAUAACGGGUAACUGUGCAAACACACAUUACUACUCCAAUUAAAAAAAUGUUGCACUAGGUGAAAAGUUAUUCCUUGAUACAGACAGGGAAAAGGAAAGAUUCCAGCUUUUCCAGACCCUUCCUUUGUCACACAGUCACCUCAGCUAAUGAAAGCUGCCAAGUUUAUAUCGGGUUGAAGAUCUGACCAGACCAUGAUGGGAGUAGAAUGUUGAAAGGUGGAGUGGCGCUGUCCUCAGCUUCGGCUGUGUGAGACUGAGGUGGCAGUUCUGAUGUGCAUUUGUAAUCACGACACAUUCCUUGGUGGUAAAUACCUGGGAGUUCAGCUGUCUGCACAGGUGAUAUGUGAAGUCUGGUCUCUCACCGCCACUGACCCAGUCGUUCACAGCUGAUGUAAGAACAGGUUGUUGAUGUACCGUUGCUCGCGGGCUGGAUGCUGGUUACCCAGACCGUUCUGGCUCUGCUUGUGGUAACAUACCUUCCUUUACUGAAUACUCUGACUGCGGGUGAGCAUGUGUGUGUCUUUGGUGCUACUUUUGCGAGUGUAUGUUCAUGAAACAGGAGGCCUACAACUGCUAUUGGCCAUAGAUUCAUUUGUCACAACAAAGAGCGCAGUCGCAGUGAGAGGUGAAUUUUGGGUUUCAUUUUCCUUUUGUAAUUGCUGCUCACUGCAUCAAGAAAGCACAGUGUAAUCUUUUUUUGUUGUUCAGAAGAGCCAACAUACAAUUAAGAACGUUUGCUUGAUAACUGCAGUUUUUGACUGUUUUGCUUGGUCACUGAAAUCAGAUUGUGGAAAGGAAGUAUAUUUCCAAGGGGUCUUGAUUUUUCCCAGUAUUAUACUGCUGCCCAGAAUAUAUCUAUGUAUCUUUUGCCUUGCACGAUCCGUUUAUGAGAAAGAAAUUUAUAUCUUCAUUUCUGUUGACAUUUCAUCUUCUCUUUCUACCAUGGGAAGCACAUCCCAUAUUGACCAGCAUUACUAAAGAUGUGAAAAGAAAACUGUAAGAAGUGCUUAUACAGACUCUUUGAGAAAACAUUUCAUAGGCAGAAUGUGUAUAUUUUUUGAUUUUGAUUUUCAAAAAAAAGAUAGAUGCAACAGCUAAUUCUCUGCACUUACAACCAUAUUUCCUUAUCAUUUGAAGUGGGUUUAGUGUACAUCUGAAUACAUAUUAAAGCGUGGUGUUUAACUAAUAAUACAACUGGGUUUGAGGAAAAAAAAACUUCUGACAUACUGACCACCGAUCUUUAUUCAUUUUCAAAUAAGCUGUUCUAAUAAGUGUAUUGUCAGUGCCAAAUGUAACCUGCGUGGACCCUGCAUUUCAUAAGAAACCGUUCCUACAAUUUCUCUGUUUGUACUGUAUCUUUAGGGUUUUCAAAAGUUUUUGCUGAUUGUAAAUGUUGUACUUCUGCACAUAUAUCAUGUGUAAUGGAAGAUGUUUUAUUGGCUGCUGUUAAUAGAAUUAAAUAA